ACCGUGCGGGCUGACUUGACUGUGUUUUUCGAAGUGGAGGCUGGCUUGACCGCAGUCCUCUGGGCAGGCCACUGCACGACAUCAUAACCACUGCGGACACCAUCCGACGACUGUGCCGGCGGACAAUCCCGACGAGAAGAGGAGGAUGCUUCAUCAGCGGAGGAAUGCUUAACCCCGCAUUGAAUCACGUUGGUAGCCUGGUGGACUCAAAAACCAAAAAACAAGGAGCUGGUGUGUUUUAGAGACAUUGCCCCUGCUGCUCCUCACCAUUACCUGGUUGUACCCAAACAGCACAUACACGACUGCUCCUCACUGCACAGCGGACAUGUUGACCUCGUUGAAAGGAUGGUUAAAAUGGGGAAAGCUGUACUACACGACCAAGGGGUGGCUGAUAUGAAGGACAUAAGCCUGGGGUUCCACCCACCUCCCUACACUUCAGUUGAUCACCUCCACCUUCAUGUGCUCGCCCCCGCCAGCCAGAUCUUCCAGAAAAAGAAGUAUAAAUUCAUCCCAUGUUCCCACAGGUUUGUGACUGAACAACAUCUGAAGAUGCAUCUAAAGAAUAUACAGUAGCUCCACCAGGCGUUUGGUGUAUCAUUAUGAGACAACGUUAUAAACUGUCAUCUGAAGAGAACAUUAUCUGGAAAGCGUUUCAACAAAUGAGAUAACGAAGCAGAUACAUUACCGUAUUUUCCGCACUAUAAGGCGCACUUAAAAGCCUUUAAUUUUCUCAAAAACCGACAGUGCGCCUUAUAAUUCGGAGCGCCUUAUAUAUGGAUUAAUUCUGGCUGUGCUUAAUGACCUCAAAGCGAUUUUGUUUGGUACACGGCGCUCUGUCAAAAGGUUUUAGUACGACUUUGGUAAACUACAAAGCCUUGCAGCAUUAUGGUGCGUUCACACCAAACGCGUUGCGAAUAUUCGCAUUUACUCGCUUUACUCGCGUUUACACGCUUUACUCGCGCCAGUCAAGUUGUGUUCAUUUGUGUCUUUCGCAACCAGUUGCGAAAAGGGGGCGUGGCUUAUCUCCGUGGCUUGUCUCCGUAAAAACAAUUAUAAAUUCCACCAUCCACCACGGUCGAAAUAACCACUAGUUCUGCUUUAUACUUGUUGUGGACAUCCCAUAAACGUUGGAACAUCUAACGCCCUGGUGUUUGGGUUCAUAACAUCACCCGUAGGCUCACACAGCUCGGGGAGUUUCACCGACUCCGCCUCGAUAGCUUCCGCUACCAGAGCAGCAGCAGCCCAACGGGCGGAGCUGAUUGGCUGGCGAGUUGCGAAAGUUGAAAUAUUUCAACUCUAGCGAAAUUUUGCAACACGCGGAACGCGUCUAUCGCAACGCCCGGCAAAAAAUACGGUAAUUAGUUUUGAAAGGAGAGCCGUAGCAUUGAGUCGUCACUGGUAUAUAUUAUGUUUGUAUGUGCAGCAAACAGUAUGUUCUUUUAAACUGUUGUAUGUACUGUUGUUAACUUUGUAUGUAUGAAUGCAUGUUAAUUGACAAGUUGGGAAAUGAAUUGCACUUGUAUUGUCAGUGAUAUAUAUGAAAACAAUGGAUUGACUCCAUUGAACAGCAUAGUUCUGUGUAUAUGGGUUUGUUGUGAUAUUUCUUCAAAUGUAAUUAUUUUGCAGACUUUUUGUACAGUGUGUGUUCUUUUUUAAGAUAGUUUCUGUUCAUUGCUACAACAGACAUUAGUACAGCGUUAUUAGUUGUAUCAUUAAAGGGAAAAGGGGCUAUUUUAAUUUUUCUAUGAGCAGUUGCUGAUCCAGUCAUUAGAAGAAAAUAGAACGAAACUUUGAAUCAGUUAAACAAGCAAAUAUAUAAUGGACCUUUUCCCUGUAUUUCUACUCUGCUAAACUGUCCUGGCCGCGUGGUAUCAAUUUUAUCUAAUCUAGACCCGAAAUGGAAUAAACUACCCCCCCCCCCAAAAUCCUUUAAUUAUGAACUAAUACAGGUUUUCCUAUGAGCUCGAUUCGCUCUGUCAUCGGCUGGUCGUCCUGACCACAGACACGCCCACACUUCACCGGUAGACUCAACCACACAGCAACGAGCUUUUAGAUUGAGACACUUUAAAAACUAACGAAUGGCGACUCGGGACGCUUCCGGGAACAAAGACUGUCCCUUCUGCCAAAUAGCAGACAACCAGACUGACACGGAAAUCCUGCUGAGCGAUGACGAGCUGCUCUGUUUUCGUGACAUAACGCCUGGCGCCACGCAUCAUUACCUCGUCGUUCCCAGGACGCAUAUCGACAACUGCACGUGUCUCCAAGGGGCCGACAUACCGCUAGUGGAGCGUAUGGUAGAAAUGGGAUGGAGUGUACUGAAGAAGACUAAAGUCAGCGACCUAGAUGACGUCAGGAUGGGGUUUCAUGUGCCUCCGUUCUCAUCUGUUCCCCACCUCCACCUCCACGUUUUGGCUCCAGCCAGCGACAUGACCUUAAAGUCGCAGCUACGAUACGGGCCCCAGACCCACUGGUUCAUCACAGUCGACAAAGUGCUUUCUCAGUUGAAGACUCGCGGCAACGUCAAAUGAUGAGAUACGAGUCUGAAGAGUUUUCUUUCAUGUUGACGGGUCAUCUCGCUUCACCGAGUGCAAUUUUUAAUCAGUUCACUACCUGACUUGACAUUUUUUUUCCGACAAUGAGUUAUACUGAUGUUUAUUCAUCCACGCUGCCUGAUGACUCAUUUGAAGGAGAAAGUGUCAAUAAAGCUUUGGAUUUUUUUUUAAGGUGGAAACUAUCAAACCUUUCCAAUAAUGGAUCCUAGUCCGAUCAAAUAUAUAAUGUUGUAAAAUAUAAUUACAGUUUUUAGUAUAUUUAUUACAAUUCAAACUUUAAACACCUUGAAACCAUAUUAAUCGGUAUAUAUUGGGAUGCACAAUUACUUUUGUAUUAUGUUUACAUUUCUGUUUGUGUAUUAGAAGUGGGUAAAUUGAAACGGCUGCUUAUGCCUUUUUAUUAUAUAUGUAUUCAUAUAUUACUCUGUGAUCAAAUCUGUCCUUAAAUAUCAAUAUAAUUGUAUAUAUAUGAUUUUAAUAAAAUAUCUUGUGAAACUCCAUAUAUUGGGAGAAAAAUACAGAAUUCAUUAUAAGAACAUUAUGUUCCUUCAGUUUCAGUAUUUACUGUUGGUGUCGCUCCGAAGUCCAUUUGUGCUUUUGAUGGCAUGUGAGAUGGCAGUUUGUGCCACUGGGUGUAUAGAUCUCUGAAGGGUUUGUUGGCAGGUUUUUAGUUUUGUCCUCAAAGUAUAAUGUACUCUAAAAAUCUAAAAUUAACAGUGAUUCAAGAUGCAUUGCUGGACUUCAUAACAAUAUCAGUUAUUUCUGUGAGCCACUGGAUGCCCCAUGGUGUACCUUGUUUUGUUUUAGGAGAGCAAACAUACACCAAUAGGCAAUAGGUUGUUAUGAGUAGCUGACACUAUAAUUUCAGCCUGACAUCAUCCUGCUGUAAUUCUGCACUUUAUGUUCAGUAUCUUCAUAUUGUAGUACAUCAAAAUAUACACAUGUGUAUUGUUCCUAAAGGGUUCUGUAAAGUAUCAAUUUAUUUCUGUUGUCAA